GGGAAACGCGAACCUUGCACGCAAAAGCAGGAAAAAUGGAAAAGCAUUUCCAGCCAUGACAUCGUUUUGAGCAGCGCCCAUUAAUUCUGGUUACCAAAUCGAAGCAUCGUCAUUUCUGUGCAAAAAUUCAAUCGGGGAUGAAGCUCCUCGCCUUUAUUUACAUCUUGUGUUUCUUGAUUCAACUCUGCUUUACGCAAGAUUAUCCGGAAGAACCUGCAGUGGGUGAUGAUCCACCAGCACCAUUAGCUGAUGCCCCAGUGGAUUCUCCCACACCUGAAGGUGAAGGACCCCCUCUUCCUGCAGAUGACGGGGGUAGUGAAGCAGGGGGUGAAGCCCCUAUCGCUGAUGGCCCUGGGGGUGAAGUCCCUGGCGGAGGCGAUCAGCCUGAGAGUGACGAUGGAGUAAAAACAAGGGACGGUGUGCCUGUUGCAUCCCCUAUUGCCGCGUUAGGAAAUGCUGCCCCGAGUGGUGCAUCAAGUGAGCCACCGCAAAAAAGCAUGGAAAUUUUAAAACAACCGAGAAAAACCUUUUUCAAAGAUUAUUGGAAACAGAAGUCGACGGCGAAGCCAAAAGCCAACAAAAGCAGGCAAAAAGCUAACAUAAAGAACAAUAAAAUCAACCCCUUUUCUGGCCUGAAGAACAACAAGCAAAUUCAGGUGAAACACAACCAGCCAAAAUCAAAGGGUGGGAAGCCUAAAAACGGACAGAGGAAGAAAACAAGCACAGCAGAUGACUCCAAUAGCCGUAAAAACUCAACCAUGGUCUGAUUUUUUUUAAAGAAUAAAUUUUGUACGAUUGAUUCUAACCUAAGUAAUAAUUAUAAAUUGGCUUUUCAUUUUGGCUUUUAUUCGGAAAUUGGCGUGAGUUUUAGU